UCCUUGGUGGCGUAGGCUUGCAAUUGCCCAGCUUUCGCCCUACACGUUUGUGGCUUCCACAGAUUAGCAACCAAUACUUUUAGAUCCCAGUUGCCUAGCUUUGCCAAGACGGUUAGAGGUCAUUUGGAAAGUCUUUUGCCUCGAAUUGUUCUCAUUCAGAAGGCCAGCUCGUUCCUCCCGUGGUGCUUUGGAGAUUCGCGCCCUCCUCUGGUCCCGGUUCAGGUGCACAAGAAGACCUAGGGGAGGACGCAGGUGCUCAAGAGAGGUGGGGCGGUGCAGGCACCCCGGUGGUGAACCCAAAGAUCAAACCUGCAGACCCGGCGCAAAGUAGAAACUGAAAGUACACUGCCGGCUGAUCCUACGGAAGUUAUGGAAAAGGCAAAGCGCAGAGCCGGGCCGUGGUGUGUGCCGCCCCCCUUGGGAUGGAUGAAGCAGCAGGCGCGGUGUGGGUGAGAGGAACCAGCGGCAGAGGCCGCCCUGCCCAGCACGGACUCCCGGCAACUCCGCGGAAGACAAGAGUCCCGGCAGCGACUAUGGGCGGUGAGAGCUUGCUCCUGCUGCAGUUGCGGUCAUCAUGACCACGCCCGCCUCCCGCAGACCAUGUUCCAUGUUUCUUUUAGGUAUAUCUUUGGAAUUCCUCCCCUGAUCCUUGUUCUGUUGCCAGUAACAUCAUCUGAUUGUGAUAUUGAAGGUAAAGACGGCAGAGAGUAUCAGCACGUUCUGAUGAUCAGCAUCAAUGACUUGGACACUAUGAUAAAAAAUCGUACCAAUUGCCCGAAUAAUGAACCUAAAGUUUUCAAAAAACAUGCAUGUGAUGAUAAUAAGGAAGGUAUGUUUUUAUAUCGUGCUGCUCGCAAGUUGAAGCAGUUUGUUAAAGUGAAUAACAGUGAGGAUUUUAAUCUCCACUUAUCAAGAGUUUCACAGGGCACAUUACAAUUGUUGAACUGUACCCCCAAGGAAGACAAUAAAUCUGUAAAGGAACAGAGAAAACAGAAGAGCUUGUGUUCCCUAGGGAUACUACUACAAAAGAUAAAAACUUGUUGGAAUAAAAUUUUGAGGGGCUCCAAAGAACAUUGAAAAAUAUGGAGUGGCAAUAUAAAGACAUAUGAACUUCAGUUGUAUCCUUCAAGAAUCUAUCUUCUCAUACAGUUCCGGGGGGGGGGGGCUAGAAUACCCUAGAAGUUACAGAAUGCAUCCUGGUAAAAGUGGAUUAGAGCAAUUGAGAAAUUCCUACCAUAGUACUAGAAGAUGGAUAUAAACAGUGGAAACCAAAGGCUGCAAUCGACAAACCUUCAUAUAUUUUUGGACAUAAAUCAAUCGGUAUUCUGUGAUUUUUGUAAGACAAUCCAAGUAAGGUAUUAGUUGCAAUAAUAUGUUUUAAACCCGUUUUAAAAUUUCAGAAGAAGACAUAUAAAAUCUGUGAGGUAUAUAAAGGUUGCAGGAAUUAAAAAUUAACAUUGCUUUAUUAUCAAAAUAAUUUUAUGCACCAGCAUACUACGAUGAGAGUGAAAAUUGUCGUCUUCUGUGCUGGAAAUGUUUCAGAGUUAACAGAUGUGGGUAAUGCCAAUGAGAGUAAGAGUUAAAUACCUUAAAGAAACAGCGGUAUGAAGGAGUCCAAGAUACUUAAGAGAGAUUAAGACAUGUAAUUAAACUUGAAUGCAUAAGACAGCGCCUUCAUUAAUGGUAUAGCAAAUGUUUUAAGAUGACCAUAAAGAAUGAUUUCACAAAACAGAAAGUCACCUGUUUUAAGGAUGCUAAACCAUAAUACUGAGUUACUUUUGUCAUUUAUGUGUAAUAAAAUUUGUCUAAAUGAGUUUGCAAUUUGGGAAGCAUAUUUUUAACAGAAUAAUAUAUGUUGUCCUUUAAUUAAUGGAAUGUAUAUUUAAUUUUGACACUGUAUUUGUAUUAUAUAAAAAUAUUUUCAUACAGUAUUACAAACAAAUUGCUGACUUUGGAUAACAUUUCUCCUUUGAUAAUAAAUGACCUAUGUAGUAACACUGUCAGAUUCACUUCAUGAAUUUUUAAGAAUUUUUAAGACAAGAUUUUUAAUACUGCACUACUACUUGAUCUCUCACUGUCAUUGAAUGUGUGACUUUUAAAACCUUAUUAAUAUUCAGAAUGUAAAUGAGACCAAAACUAUAUAAGAACAGGAACAUUACUUUCUGUUAAAUUUUAAUCUUUUAAAAGAGACUUUUGUAUAUACCAGAUCCAGUUUAGAAAGGUCAGUCAACAGUCUUCACUUACUUACAAAGGGAAAUAAAAACCCUAGUCAAGACAGGUCAGAGUCUUCCCGCAGUCACUCAACUCACAUCCUUCCUGCUCUUGGACACUUUCAUCAGCACCUGACUGGCUUGAUUUGAGCUUCAGGUGAUGCACUGUGUGAUGGGGAAGACCUUCCUCUCAAUCCAUGUUUAUGUCUCACUCUCCCUAAACCUUAUGCCCUUCACCCUCACUAGUGCAGAUACCUGUGUGGAAUUGUGCAGAAAGUUGUACAGAGUUCACGGACUGCUCCACUCACAGGGCUUUGAAUCAAGUAUGUUUUCUGUUUGGUUUUCAUUAUUGACUCCAGAAAAGGGAGCUGACGAACACUUUUAGGAGCAAACGAUUCUUCACCAUGCUCUUUCUUUAGAGGGACUUUUCCAAGUAAGCUGUGCUUCCUUCUACCAUAAAGCGUGGUCAGCUGUGUGAUACACCUCCACCCUGAUGAACUGGCACUGUUGGUAAACCAUUAGCUAUAGAAAUGAAGGAACUUUACGUUUCUAAAGGUAAACUCUUAAAACUGUCCUUGAAAGUGUUUCUGUAAAGGCUGUCUAAAACAUCCCUAACAAGUGUUGAAAAAAUUCUGAGAUUGUAGUAAAAUAAGGAACAGUAUUUUUAAAUGCUUGCUAAAAGUUAUUAAAAUUUUCU